AUGCACUUCAAGUCUUCAACUCUUCCCUUCCCUUUCCACUUUCUUCCUUCCCAUAUCGUUUCCGCUUCAUAUCUUCCCACCCAAAUCUCUAAGAGAGCUUCCAGAGAGAUCUCCAUCCAUCCUCUCAACAUAAAUCUCCACCGGGACUAUCCCGUGACUUUCGUGAUUCGUCAACUGCUCCCCGCAGCUCCAAUCGGCGAAGCCUUCACGCCCUGCCCGUGUCGAACUCCGGCUCACGACUGUCAGCUGGAUCGAGCUGAGAAUCAUUUCAUCCGCCCCUUUGAAGCUUCUUCUGAGGUUUUGGAAAUGGUGGAGGAGGGAUUGAACUGA